AUGAGAUGGGGUCAUAAAGCUAACCCGGAUAGGUGGUUCAUAAACUUACAACCUCAAUUCCAAGAAGUUGUAGACGCAAUGGAAGUGAAUGGUGAACGAGACAUAGCUGGUAUUUUAAGCGCGGCUUUAAUGCCAUUGAAAGAUAUGAAACAUGCAGAUAUUUUGGACCAGUAUGAAAUGAACAUGGCUGAUGGAAAUAUAACACCUGACGUUCUAAAACAUUUAUCUCAAAGAACUACACAGAACCAUAGAGAUGGUAUAUUUGGUGAAGAGUUUAGAAAGAAAGUUAGGGAGGGCGAAGGAAGAGAACCUAUUGUACAUGACCUUGCAAACGAAAGUUUACAAAAUGUCAUAAAAACUUACUUUGCAGACAAUGAAAUGAGAAGGGAUGAAUAUUUAAGAAAACUCAAAUGGACAGUACCAAAUGAAAUGUUAGUAUUGAAAAACAUGUUCCUUGACAAAAUAAAACCAACUACAGAAAUAAACGACGCAAGACUGAAAGAUUGGGUAAAAGCUUUCCCAUUCACAAAAGAUAUAGUUGGUAACAUGGAAAGAAAACCAGAAUGGCUACAAAAACAUAUAUUUGGAAACGAGCUUAUUCCAUAUGGACAGGCUCUGUUUGAAGAGCUUGAACCGGAAACUCAGGAAAGAGUCAUGCAAACAAUACGCGAAGACUCAAAUACAAACUAUGACAAACUCUUUCUAGGAUAUAGGGUACCUGAGAUGGGCGACCAGAGCCCAAAGGCAAAAAGGACAUGGGAAAUUUACAACAUACUAGGUGAACAUGAGGCAAAGAUGCAACAACUUGAAGCAGAGGGCAAGUUACCAAAAGCGACACCAAAGAAGAAGAGAAGAGUAGAACAAAGUGAAAGUAGUGAAGAAGUAACUUCAUCUAGUGAAAGUAGUGGCAAUGAAGGAAAAAGAAGAGUUAAAGAUUCAGUUAAAAACUCAGCCAGGAAGAAAGUAAAACUUGGUCCACGUGGGUUUUAUUAUGACACAUAA